CCGACCGGGAAGACGGCUACCUGGCGGGGCGGGAGCCAGGGCAGGAGCCCGAGCCGGGGUGGGAGCCGGAGCCUGAAGAAGGGUUCGAGAUCGUGGACCGCAGCCAGCUGCCGGGCCCGGGCGAGCUGCGGAACGGGGCGAGGCAGCGGACGGCGGCCGAGGGCUGGUCGGCGCCCAUCCUGACCCUGGCGCGAAGGGCCACGGGGAACUUGUCGGCGAGCUGCGGGAGCGCGCUGCGUGCGGCCGCGGGGCUGGGCGGCGGGGACGGCGCGGCGCGCGCAGCUUCCAAGUGCCAGAUGAUGGAGGAGCGUGCCAACCUGAUGCACAUGAUGAAACUCAGCAUCAGGGUCUUGCUCCAGUCUGCCUUGAGCCUGGGCCGCAGCCUGGAUGCGGACCAUGCCCCCUUGCAGCAGUUCUUUGUGGUGAUGGAACACUGCCUCAAACAUGGGCUGAAAGUUAAGAAGAGUUUUAUUGGCCAAAAUAAAUCUUUCUUUGGUCCUUUGGAGCUGGUGGAGAGACUUUGUCCAGAAGCAUCAGAUAUAGCUACUAGUGUCAGAAAUCUGCCAGAAUUAAAGACAGCUGUGGGAAGAGGCAGAGCUUGGCUUUAUCUUGCACUCAUGCAAAAGAAACUGGCAGAUUACUUGAAAGUGCUUAUAGACAAUAAACAUCUCUUAAGUGAGUUCUAUGAGCCUGAGGCAUUGAUGAUGGAAGAAGAAGGAAUGGUGAUUGUUGGUCUGCUGGUAGGACUCAAUGUUCUUGAUGCCAAUCUCUGCUUAAAAGGAGAAGACUUGGAUUCUCAGGUUGGAGUGAUCGAUUUUUCCCUCUACCUUAAAGACGUGCAGGAUCUUGAUGGUGGCAAAGAGUAUGAAAGAAUUACUGAUGUCCUUGAUCAAAAAAAUUAUGUGGAAGAACUUAACCGGCACUUAAGCUGCACAGUUGGGGAUCUUCAAACCAAGAUAGAUGGCUUGGAAAAAACUAAUUCAAAGCUUCAAGAAGAGCUUUCAGCUGCAACAGACCGGAUUUGUUCACUUCAAGAAGAACAGCAACAAUUAAGAGAACAAAAUGAAUUAAUUCGUGAAAGAAGUGAAAAAAGUGUAGAGAUAACAAAACAAGAUACCAAAGUUGAGCUGGAUACUUACAAGCAAACCCGGCAAGGUCUGGAUGAAAUGUAUAGUGAUGUGUGGAAGCAGCUGAAAGAGGAGAAGAAAGUCCGAUUGGAACUAGAAAAAGAACUGGAGUUACAAAUUGGAAUGAAAACUGAAAUGGAAAUUGCAAUGAAGUUGCUUGAAAAGGACACCCACGAGAAGCAAGACACUCUAGUCGCCCUCCGCCAGCAGCUGGAAGAAGUCAAAGCGAUUAACUUACAGAUGUUUCACAAAGUUCAGAAUGCAGAGAGCAGUUUACAGCAGAAGGAUGAAGCCAUCACAUCUUUUGAAGGAAAAACCAAUCAAGUUAUGUCCAGCAUGAAACAAAUGGAAGAAAGGUUACAGCACUCUGAAAGUGCAAGGCAGGGAGCUGAAGCGAGGAGCCAGCAGCUGCAGCAGGAGCUGGGCAGGAGGAUCAGUGCCCUGCAGCUGCAGCUCUCGCAGCUGCACGAGCAAUGCUCAAGUCUAGAGAAAGAAUUGAAAUCAGAAAAAGAGCAAAGACAAGCUCUUCAGCGAGAAUUACAGCAUGAGAAAGACACCUCCUCUCUACUCCGAACAGAGCUACAACAAGUAGAAGGAUUGAAAAAGGAGCUGCGGGAGCUCCAGGAUGAGAAGGCAGAGUUACAGAAGGUGUGUGAUGAGCAGGAACAAGCCCUCCAGGAAAUGGGACUGCACCUCAGCCAGUCCAAGCUGAAGAUGGAAGACAUAAAAGAAGUAAAUAAGGCACUGAAGGGCCACACUUGGCUGAAAGAUGAUGAAGCAACGCACUGUAAGCAGUGUGAAAAGGAAUUCUCCAUUUCCCGGAGAAAGCACCACUGCCGAAACUGUGGCCACAUCUUCUGCAACACCUGCUCCAGCAAUGAACUGGCCCUGCCCUCCUACCCCAAGCCCGUGCGUGUGUGCGACAGCUGCCACACUCUGCUCCUGCAGCGCUGUUCCUCCACUGCCUCUUGAGGCCCGCAGGGGCAGCAGCCUGACCUGUCCUCAGGGUAGUGGCCGGCCUCGGGAACAGUGCCAAACUCUUGGAUCUCCAGAGACCACGGGGGCCUUGGAAAAUUUGUUUCCCAAGAGAAUCAAAGGAAAGGGUCAAAUCCCUGCCUGGGCUGCUAGCACUGUAGCAUGCCAGAACUGGAACCUGUGCACCUUUCUGCAACGUGUAUGGAAUUAACUUCUCUGUAUUAAAACUCUUCCAUCUUACUUUGUUACUUAACUGGCUUUAGUUCUGAUGUAACUUCAUGGUUUUGCUACUGUCAUUUUUCACUUUUCAAACAAUUAACCUGUUUUAUAGCAGUUGUACUAGUGAGUAAUCCGUUUUUCUCUCACACAUCCCACAAACUUUGAUUUGUACACAGUGCUUUUUACUAUGUAAGGGGUCUGUCAGUGUGCCUUCUCUGCUUUAGUCAAGAGAUUUGCCAUUUCAUGCCCUUGUGAAUACCUACCAUUGGCCCUGCAAAAUAAAAUCGUUUAUUUUUCACUCCGGUGCAUGCAGAAAAUGAACUGUGUCAACUUCACAGGAGCCUGCCAAGCCCUUGCCUCCAGCAAAGUAGGUCACAGAGCAACCCCUCAUGCAGUCAUCAGGACUACUAAAGGCCUGGAGAAGGAGAGCUAGGAUUGAGGUGUAGGCUGUUGAGGGAUGGCUCAGUCUGUGCUCUGCCCAGGUGAACCAGGGAAAAGUUGGAGGGUUAGCCUACCUACCAUCAACAGGCACAGAGAAAGUGACUUUAAGCCCAUUACCAAAGCUCAAAAGUUAUUCACUUGUGUAACUGGGAGUUGACAGAUUAUGAAUGGAGACACCUGUCGAAAAUGCAUCUGCCAGGCCCACUCUCACCACUCCUAUUCAACAUAGUGUUGGAAGUACUAGCCAGAGCAAUCAGAGAAGAGAAGGAA